CCACUUCGGCCUCUUUUAACUUAAAAUAAAACCCAAAUCCGCAAACGUCUCUGCAGUUUCUCUCUCUUUCUUUCGUUCGUCGUAUCAAGCACCAGCGGGCAGCCGCUAGAGUUCUCUCUCUCUUCAGCUAGGGUUUCAGCAGGGUGUUUUGAUUGAAGAUGUCUCGGGUGUAUGUUGGAAACUUGGAUCCACGAGUAACUGAACGAGAACUUGAGGAUGAGUUCUGCACUUUUGGAGUCAUCAGAAGUGUCUGGGUUGCAAGAAGACCCCCUGGCUAUGCUUUCAUUGAUUUUGAUGAUCGAAGGGAUGCCCAAGAUGCCAUACGAGAGCUAGAUGGUGAAAAUGGCUGGAGAGUAGAGCUUUCUCACAAUUCUAGGGGUGGAAGUGGUGGCCGUGGUGGGGGGCGUGGCCAUUCUAGUUCUGAUUUAAAAUGCUACGAGUGUGGUGAGCCUGGCCAUUUUGCCCGUGAGUGCAGGAACCGUGGAGGUUCUGGAAGGCAUAGGAGUCACACACCCCCUAGAUAUCGCAGGAGCCCAAGCUAUGGUAGAAGGAGUCUCAGUCCGCAUGGCCGAUCUCCUCGACAUCGAAGUUUGUCGCCCAGAGGUCGCAUCUACAGCAGGUCUCCUUACCGUGGAAGAGAUGAAGCACAAUACGCCAAUGGAAAUGGCAUUAGGGAUCGACGCAGGAGUAGGAGCUGAUCACAUAAAAUUGAAAAUAAUUUGAAUCUAUUCAGAAGCUUUUGGAAUGUUUUUUAACUGUGCUUGGACUUAGUUAUGACUCUGUAAGUUGGUUGACGACCUCAGCUUCAACUCCUGCAUUUGGUUGAGUUUCUUUACUACUAAGUAGGUUUGUCACUUUAUCCUUUUCUCCCUCCCCUUUCCCUUUAAGGUCUAUCGCUGAACCGAUUUUGUAGUUUCUUAAAUGUGUUUGGAUCUUAUAAUGAUAGCUGAUAUAUUACUAUUAGAUGCUACUAUUCUGAUAGAACACUGCUAAAAAUAUUGUACUUUUGCUUUGUGUCCGAGGUGUCUUCGUGGUUCUGCUUCAUUGGUUUUGUGCAUCUGCACUUGUGGUUUCAUCCUUCACUGCCCUGCUGCGUGAUCUUCAAUUUGAAAGAUUGUGGAUCCAAGCUGGCUGCCGUGCUAGAUUCUCCUUAUGAUUGAUUGUCUGCGGCUAUGAUGUGCCUCACCUCCAAUAAUUAUGUUGUCUGCUGCUAUGAUGUGCUUCAUGUAAAAAAAAUUACGGUGUUUGAUUAGGUAUAAAGAGCGGCUUUGAACACUUCUGGCACAGAUCUGCCCUAUCCCCAGAAUUAUCUGCUAGAUUCACCUUCCGCUUGGGUCCUUUCCACUUCUUUUAUAGUGCGAUGAACAAGCCGUCAUGCAGGAGUAUAAUCUGAAGGUGCUCAUGUUUGCCUCCGUCUCCCCAUUAUAAGUAUAUUGAAGCCAAGUUUUCUGUCGUCGAUUUCUGUUACUCAAAUAUCCUUUCUGUUUGCCAAGGGAAGCUUUUCUCAAUUUUCUCUGAAGUCAUGAUAUUAUUUCGUCUCUUGCCCCAAUCAAGAUCACGAACCUUAUUUUAAAAGGAAAAAAAGAACUUGUCAGUUCAGUCAAACUACUUUUUAAAUCCUCAUCCAGAGCACAUUUUACCUUUUUGGAGUUUUUUUAUAAAAACUAUAUUCGGGUCAAAUUAGUGUUCAUAUUACAAUUUUUAGUUUGUAAAGAAGUUUGUGCACCCUUUAGUCUCUCUUCUGAGGUGCUUACCUGAUGGCUUUUCGACAAGCAAGCUGAUUAAGACGUCUGUCCAACCCAGAAAGUCACGUUAUUGGUGCUUAUUGAUUUUCAUGCUUCAACUUUGAGGGCUAUCUAGCUUCACUGCGGCAACCUGAUUUUUAUUUCUAACUGUUAUUCAUUAUUGCUUAUAAAUUUGAGAUAGAAUUAUGGUCCUUCCAUUUUGUUCAACUGUACUUAUCCCUCCAUUUUCUCCCUUUGGUAGAAAAGUAGAGGCUAUAACUCUGUUAUGGAUGAGUUCUUUCGUCUAAUUAUGUGCUUGGUUGUACUAGAUGGUACUUGGGGAUUAGCUUGACAUAAACUCUGUUAGGGGUUUGAUGGUCGGACUGAACUCCAUAUAUUCGUUAAGAAUC